AUGCAGCUCGGACCCAUCAUCGCUUUCACAGCCGCUGUCGGUCACCUGGCCGUUCCAGUCGUCGCAGUUAAUCCCGAUUAUUGCCAAAUCUCUGUGUUUUACAAAGAUGCAAGGACAUCCAAGACUUUAAAACACAGAAAGUUUGUCGUCCCUCCCGCCACAGUGCCCGUUUUGGUCGGCUCGGGGUCGACACAGGUUGGGGUCAACCAGGACUGCAAAAAGGCUGGCAGGAUUGUAACACCCGCCGGUUACUCGAUUGAGACUGAAGGCAUGUUCAUGCAGGGGAAUCCGACCAGGGAGCAGAUUGAAUAUCGUGUCCAGCAGUUAAACGCACAGCUUUCGCGGUAUUACGAAUAG